AUGAGCCCACAUAAAUAUACCUUUGAUAUUUUUCUAAGUUCUCAAGGUGCACUGCAGACCCCGUCUCGCUGUCGGCCUCGCGGGCCCUCGGCACUUUGCUGUGUCUGCUCUCGCCUUAACCCGUCAGCAAACAGCCCGUCAUCAAACAACCCGUCAUCAAACAACCCGUCAGCAAACGACCCGUCAUCAAACAACCCGUCAGCAAACAACCCGUCAGCAAACGACCCGUCAUCAAACAACCCGUCAUCAAACAACCCGUCAGCAAACAACCCGUCAGCAAACAACCCGUCAGCAAACAACCCGUCAUCAAACAACCCGUCAGCAAACAACCCGUCAUCAAACAACCCGUCAGCAAACAACCCGUCAGCAAACAACCCGUCAGCAAACAACCCGUCAUCAAACAACCCGUCAGCAACAACCCGUCAUCAAACAACCCGCACCACUGCAGUACAAAGACCCAAAAUAAUAUCAGCAGUGAUAUACAACCCUACACACCACGCCAGGCGAAGAAGGAGCCCCGAGACGGAAAUGAAGAGGAGACAAUACUCUCAAAAUAAUGGAUCAAGUGAUCAGCGGGUGACGGGAAAACAUCUGAAUGUGGUAGGAGACUGGCAGGUGCGACAGGUGUCAAGACCAGCUGCAUCAUCACGCAUGUGUUAUGAGAUGUAA